AUGUCAGGACCAAGGCCUGUUGUGUUGAGUGGCCCAUCCGGUGCGGGCAAGAGCACACUGAUGAAGAGGCUCAUGAAGGAGCAUGAAGGAGUAUUUGGAUUUAGCGUGUCACACACAACACGGAACCCUCGCCCUGGAGAGGAAAAUGGCAAAGAUUACCACUUCACCACCCGAGAGUCCAUGCAGGAGGGCAUCCAACGUGGUGACUUUAUCGAGAACGCCGAGUUCUCCGGCAACCUAUACGGAACAAGUAAAGCUGCCAUAGAAGAUGUGCAAGCCAAGAACUUGAUCUGCAUUCUGGAUGUAGACAUCCAAGGAGUGAGGAGAAUUAAAGAGACGGACCUGAACCCCAUUUACAUCUCCAUCCAGCCUCCAUCUAUGGAGAUUCUGGAAAAACGCCUGAGAGACCGACAGACAGAGUCAGAGGAAAGUUUACAGAAACGUUUGGAGGCAGCACGCAUUGAUAUGGAGCUCAGUAAGGAGCCAGGAGUGUUUGAUGUUGUCAUCAUCAAUGAUGACUUAGAACGGGCUUACGAGGAGCUGAAGGAGAUCCUUAAUGAUGAAAUCCAAAAAGUUCAGGAGAGCAAAUCCUAA